AUGAACCAAUCAAGCUUACCACAUAUGAAUCAACCAGGCACCAGCCAGCCAGGCACAAGUUUACUUGGUAUGAACCAACUGGACAUGAACCAACCAAGCACAAGCCUACCCAACACCCACCAACUGGGCAUGAAACAACCGGGCAUGAGCCAAUCAGGAAUGAGGCAACCAGGUAUGAACCAAUUAGGCCUGAGCCAACCAGGCCCAAGCCAAUCAGUCCUCUGGCAACAAGUCAUGUGCCAAUCAUGCGUGAACCUGUCAAGAAAGAGUCAACAGCAACCAUGCCCGAGUCAAGCCGGCACAAGUCAACCAGGUAGGAAGCAACCAGGCCCCAACUACUCAGGCCUGCGUGAUCCAGGCAUGAGGCAACCAUGCCCAAGCCAACCCAGCACAAGCCAACGAGGCAUGAGGCAACCAGUCCCGAGCCAACCCAGCACAAGUCAAUCAAGCGUGAGUCAACUAUGCCUGAGUCCACUAGACUGGAGCCAAUCAAGCACGAGUCAAACAGGCCAAAGCCAAUCAAGCAUGAGUCAACUAGGCCUGAGUUCCCUAGAGUGGAGCCAAUCAAGCAUGAGUCAGCCAGGCUCAAGCCAAUCAGGCCUGAGUCAACAAGGCCCAAGCCAAUCAGGCACAAGGCAAACAAGCAGGAGCCAACUAGGCCUGAGCCAACCAGGUCCGAGCCAACCAGGUUCGAGCCAAGCAGGCGCGAGGCUAUCAGGCUCCCGGGAACCAGGCAUGAAUUCUUUCCGAAUAAGACCUGCGGAGGCUCGAGACUGCCCAGAAAUCCUGCGCCUAAUUAAAGAAUUGGCUGCCUGUGAAAACAUGCUAGAUGCAGUGAAGUUAACAGCAAUGGAUUUACUCAGGGAUGGCUUUGGGGACAGGCCCCUUUUCUACUGCCUGAUUGCAGAAGUACCAACAAAACGAAGUCAACAAAAACCAUUAGGAAAAGUAACCGUUGGGUUUGCCAUGUACUACUUUACCUACGACCCCUGGAUUGGCAAAUUGCUUUACUUAGAGGACUUUUAUGUCAUAGAAGCUUACCGAGGUCUAGGUAUUGGAGCUGAAAUGUUGAAGAGGCUAAGUCAGAUAGCCAUCAUAAGCCAAUGUAACUGCAUGCACUUCCUUGUCGUCAUUUGGAACCAGGAGUCUACUGAUUACUACACUCGUCGAGGGGCUUUAGACCUUUCCUCCGAGGAGGGCUGGCAUCUGUUCAGAUUUAACAGAAAAGAACUCAUGGAAAUGGCAUGGGAAGAGUGAAAGAGGACUCAUCAUAACUUGUCCCAACAACAGAGGCUCCAACAUUUGAAUGUCACCUGAGCCCUACAGCAGUUUGACUUUAAGUGUUGUACAAUACAGCAAGUGACCAAACUCUGGUUUGAGAUCUCUUACUUUGAAACAGAUUUUGCAGAUACAGUCAACUCUCCAUUAUCCAAACUAAUGUACUAAUGUGUUGUAGCUGAGCUGAUGAUCCAAAAGAGUAGAGAAUUCAAAAAUCACUUAUACUUAGCUUUAGGAUAUUUAUUUUUUUACCUACCAUCUCUCACUAAAUUUAAGAUGAUUAUAUUUUCACAUCUUAACAUGUCUGAAAUUGGGAUAAGUAUAAUGAUCAACUGGCAGUACUUUUUUCUUAGAGGUAAAUAAUGUGUCUUAGAUUUGAUGAAAAAUGAGUGUGUUUGGUUAUAAACAGAGCUGAGGUACAAAAAAUUUACUUAAAAUACUGAAGCCAAAUUUUGAAGAGCUUACUUAUGAAAAACUAGUAAGUGAACUGCUUCCCCACCUUGAGCAGCUCAAGUACCACUGCCUCCUUAACAUCAUCCCAGAGCUACAUUCCAUCUCUGAGCAUCCAUGGCUCUUUGGCUGUACUUGUCUUAGGGCAGAUACUACACACACCACUGUAUCUGUAUAUGUUUCUAUCCUUUCUAGUAGAAUAUAAGCCCUUUGAUAGAAUUACCUUUGCAUCCUGUGUUAUAACCAGCAUGGUAGAACAUGUAAGUUUCCAAUAUGUACCAGGUAUUUUAUGGGCACAAAAGCUAUAGAAAGAUGAUUCAGUCAUACUCACAAGGAACCCUGUCUGUGAAAAAAUACUAAACUAGUUUUAGUUUUAUGGUAAAUUGUAUGGGCCAUCACAGCUAUAAAUACCAAAUGUGAGGGAAUGUAGAGGAGAGCGCAUCUAAAUCCCACCUUGGAGAACUGAGAAAGGUGACACUGGAAUUGGGUUUAAAGGAUGAACAAGAAGUUGGAAUAUAGAGCAGGAUGACAUAGAAAAAAAAUUCUAAGGUGAGACACAAGCAUAGGCAGAGAAAAAGGAACAUAAAAGAACAAAGCAUGUCCAAGAAGCAAGUUGUAGGUUAUAGAUAAAAUAUGACAUACAUUGGCAGUAGGGUGGGUGGGGAGAGAAGACAGGAUUAAAGUUGAGCUGGGAUCAUAUAUGAAGGGCCUUAUAUGUCAUACAGGAAGUCUUGAUGUGAUUCUGUAGGCAAUGAUGAACCACUGAAGUUUCCAGAAAGACAACCAACCACAAUGGUUGUUAGUAAGACAACUAUUUCAUCAUAAUAUGACAGAUGGGUUAGAAGAAGAGGGUAGCAGGCACUGGAUGUUAGCUCAAACUCACACCCAUUCCAAAUCCCUUACCCCUUGCCUUCCUCACCAUAGAACCAAAUAUGUUUUGCCAAUCUUCCUUGCACUAAAUGUGGCUACAUGACAAGUUGUGGUCCAGAUAUAGACAGAAGUCUUUUGAGAGGGGUUCUAGGAGUGCAUUUACUUUUCUGAUUAAAGGGGGUCAGAAGCAUCUGGUACAUAGUUUGUCCUAACCCUUCUUCCUGCUUUGAAUGUGUAUGUGUCCCCCACAGGUACGAAAGCCAUUUUCUGCCUAUGAGGUGAUAAAUUAACACAGUAAAGAGCAGAGUGGAAAAAGUCUAGGCCCUUGAUGGCACCAAUGAGCCACUGUACCAACCCUGUAAUACUUAAUUCCAGAUUUUAAAUAGACUCUUAUUUAUUUAAGCUACUGUUAACUGGUUUACUGUUACUUGCAAGCAGAACACAUUCUGAAGUGACAGAAAACAAGAUUGAUGGCAGGCAGAUCAACCAGAAGGCUAGUGUAAUAAUCCAGGAAAGUGAUAAUAAAGAGGUGAAUGAGAACAAGGAUUAGAAAAGGUGGAAUAGAUUUGAGAAACAUAGAAAUAAGAAGAGAGAGGUAGAGGGGCUGGCCCCGUGGCGAGUGGUUAAGUUCGCGCGCUCCGCUGCAGGCAGCCCAGUGUUUCGUAGG